GCUUGCACAGCUCAGCAGCUCCUGCACCCAGCCCAGCCCAGCUCAGACCCCAGCAGUGGAAAAGCAGAAGCAGGGAGGUGCAUGUUGUACCCUCUCUGACAAGGCUCUGCUUUGACCCCGCCUGGACUGGAGUGGCUGCUGGGGACCACUGUGCUGCAGAAAUGAGGCCCAGGUCUGUGUGGCUGCCGUCAGCUCUGUUCCUCCUACAUGUCCAAGGCUGUUUCUCCCUGAGCUGCCCCAGCGUCGUGGCAGGCACAGUCGGGGGCUCCUUGAGUGUUCAGUGUCAGUAUGAGGAGAAAUAUAAAAACCACAGAAAAUUCUGGUGCUUUCAUCCCUGCUUGCCAAACCUGUAUAUCAUGAGGACGAAAGCGUCAGUGGGAGAAGUGAGGAGCGGCCGCGUGUCCAUCAGGGACCAUCCUGCAAACCUCAGCUUCACAGUGACCCUGGAGGAGCUCCGCCUGCAGGACGCGGGCACAUACCAGUGUGGGAUAGAUGUAAUGUGGAGUUUGGACACCACCUUCUUGGUUGAGGUGCGCGUGUCCCCAGCCACAGAUCCGACACAAUCCUCUAGCACCCUGAAAACCAAGGAUACCCUGGUCCCUGUGACGACCCUGCUCCCUGAGCUGACCCUGCCUGUGCACACCCGGCCCAGCCCACCACCUCGGUCCCAGCUCAGCAGUAUCCACUCCUUGAAGCUCCUCCUGCUCCUGGCCUUCCUGAAGCUGCCCCUGCUCCUGGGCACGCUCGGGGCUGUCCUCUGGAUGAAAAACAGGCUGCAGGGGGCACACUGAGAGGCCAGGGUACACCCUACAGGUGUGUCCUGGGAAUGAGAUGAUCAGAAUGAUGUCAGCUUUUUGUCAUCAAUCAGCAGAUCACAGGCACAGAAGAAUGUAACUAACCCACAUGCACACUCUAAGCCACAUGUGGCAUCUGGGCACCACCCUGCGCGGAGAACCAGAGC